CUUCUGUCUUCCCCUUCUCUCCUCCCAUGCCUUCUUCUUCAACCUCCAUUCCCGACCUGCAACUUCCUUAAUCAACCUCCAUUUGCUCCUUAACAACCUUUCAGCUGCUCCAACGUCUGACGCUGCCCCCCUGACGCAAACUCGAGUGUUUUGAAGCAACGUGCCCCUAUCUAGGUAAGAAUCUAUCCCCUUCUCCCAAUCUUCCCUCUCUAAAAGUCCAUUCGUGUUGGGUGUUCUUUGGUUCCAAACUUCCCAGCCAUUUCCCAUACUCCCCCCCCCCACAAUUUCAUCCCCUUCCUUCUUUCUAAACACCAUGUCGAGGAGGAUGUGCCCGGGUGACUCCAUGGAAGAGGACUCGGGAGCCGAACUCACCGUUUGGGUACCUAAAGAGUUUCAGCUUAAGAGGACAAGAGAUAAUAUCGUUGACUCGGACCAGGUGUCCAUUUGCGCAAUUCCCGCCGUCGCCGAUAUUUUUUCUGGUAAAGGUGUUCCGAGUGAUGCCCUGGUACUCUCCCCACAUCACCUCCGAUUCCUUAGGUUUCCUCUCCACCCUUUAUUUCAAAUUAUGUGGCGGAUAUUGGGUUUGCACCCGAUGCAGUUCAACCCAAAUUCGUAUAUGCUUCUUGCCGGGUUGUUAGUCAUGGGGAAAAAGUGGGAGGUGUCACUUGGGAUCAGCGACUUUCUUUUCUGCCACCGUUUGGCACACAUUGCCGAGACCGACUGGUUUUUCAACUUCUCGCCACGUCCACUGAGGAAAGUCUUCGAAGAUAGGACAUGUAGCUUCUCUGGUUGGAAGAGUGAAGCGCUCAUGGUCCAAGGCGAGUGGGCCGCACCGGCGAUUCCCACCGUUAUCCCCAAAGCUUUCUCCAAGCGUGCUGCGUAUGUUCCUGUUUCGGUGGAUUCCCUCCUUGACGAGGAACGCAUCGCUUGGAUAAAACAGCACUUGCUGUGCCGGAAAUGGAGUGCUGUCAACUUUGCCUCUAAGGUGGACCUUGAAGACGUCUCGAAAUCUCGGGCCGGCGCAAUAUAUUCUAAUUGUCUUCAAUCCCUGGAUCCCAACCUAUCAGGGGAAGAACUACUUCAACAUGUCAUUGAGUUGGAACGCAAAUUCUUUUUCACUGAACGCACUUCUGCUUUGUUUGCAGCAAGCCUUAGUACCGAAGAGGAGUCGGAGAAAAGAGAAAGUGUCGGAAUGGACAUCAGGCGCGUUAAGUUACCCGCACCGCAGGGAAGGAAAUCCUUCAAGAAGCCGAAACUGAUCGAGGGCACUACCGGAAGUGCCCGCGGCGGGUUUGAGAACGUUCGCGGUGAGGCCGACUCUAGUCGCGGCGAUAAGGAAGCUUCGGGCAUAUUCCCCCUGCUUCAAACCAAUCUCUCGAAUUCACCUGGGAAGUCAGCUAGUGAUCAUUCUGCAAUUUCCCUCCCCGACACUCACCCUGUGGCUUGCCCAAAUGUUUCUUCGUCAAACUUGAAGCUCCCCUUACAACUUCUUUUCCCCAAGGGUGAUGACUCGUACGUGCUAGAGGGUGAUCCCAUUGCUUUCGACAAAGAAGCAUGUUUGGCGGUGGCGCAAUCAUUGGCCUUGAAUGACGCCGAUCGUGAGAAGCUCUCCGGUUUGAGUAUGAAAGAUAUCUCAGCGCAGCUUGCUCUAGGCUUGCAAUCGUCUUCAUCGAUGGUGCAACAUCUUAUGAUGAGAAUGGAGGCCUCCGAACUUCAGCUAUGGAAACUCAUAAAAGAAGCCCGGGAUGAAGCUGCAGCCAAUGCGAUAAAAUUAGAGGAAACACGUGUAGCCCUUGAGGGAAAAUGUAAGGUGGCCGAUGCCAACGAUAGGGAGGUCAGUGAGCUGAAGACCAAGUUAGGAAAUGAAAUUGCCAACAGGGCAAAGGAAUUCGAGCUGAACCAGAACGAGAUCCACAAGAGCUCCUGCAAGUAUUAUCGCCUGGGGUGGGUUCAGGGCCAGCAAAUCGAGAAGGACAGAUUUUUUGAUGAACCGGACACAUUUGAUGCGGGAAUGGGAGUGCAUUCGUCAGAGUAUGAUUGGAUCCCGGGAAUGGAUCCGGCGGAUAGGCCCUCCGAAGAUGACGCCGAGGAUACCAUCUGACUUCUUAUCUAGUACAAUUAUCUUAGUGAUAUUCAGCAUUCCCUUUCUUUUUUGCUUUCCUGCUUUUUGCUGUCCCGGAGCACUUUAUUUGCUCCUGUGCCCUAAUUUCAUGCUUUGCCGAUUUGGGCCCUUUUGAGGAAGAAUGUUUUUAUGAAAGCAA